AGAUACUCUUCCGAGAUGGCACGCACAUAUGAGGAUGCGUUGUCAAAUCUUGCGGCGCUGCAAUCUAACAUCGCGAUUACCUCACUAUUCGCUCCACAAGCUCCAACUCCGGCGUCGGACUCAACGCAAGGUACGAGCAAAAAACAAGACCUCAAUGCGCUUGCAAUUCCCGAGAUGCUGGCAUGGCUCGGCAGAGCAGGACUUUCACAGAAUGACUUAUCCAAGUUACGGUGUAUACACGUGGCAGGCACAAAAGGCAAAGGCUCCGUCUGCGCAUAUCUCACGUCAAUACUCACGCAGAGCGCUCUCCGCACCACGGCCGGAAAGGUAGGCACAUAUACUUCGCCGCACCUGGUCAGUGUGCGGGAGCGCAUCGUUCUCGACGGCCAGCCGAUCAGCCAAGAACUGUUCACGCGCUAUUUCUUCGAGGUAUGGGACGCGAUGACCUCUUCCGGGCGCGCGGAAUAUCUGCAGCAGAACCCCGAGACCAAGGCGGACGAAAGGCUCGAGGCUGAGCUUCAGGGGCCGGCGACAAAGCCGUUCUACUUCCGCUUCUUGACCAUCAUGGCGUUCCACGUCUUCCUCCGGGAAGGUGUCAAGAGCGCAGUCAUCGAGUGUGGGAUCGGCGGCGAGUACGACUCGACCAACAUACUCCCCUCCGAGGCAGUGACGGCGAGCGUAGUGACUCAGCUAGGCAUCGACCAUGUCGGCAUGUUGGGCGGAACUCUGCCGGAGAUCGCAUGGCACAAGACCGGGAUCGCGAAGCCCGGCCGGAAGUGCUUCACGCGGAAGCUGGAUAGUCAAACAGGCAAGGAGGCCAUGCAGGUGAUGAGGAAGCGAGCCGAAGAGAAGGGCGCCACAUUGGUAGAACUGGACGAUGAGGCCGUUGAGCGAUGGGGUGGAGUCAGACCAGACAAUGCCGACAGCCUCGAAGGCCAUUUUCAGAAAUACAACCAGGCCUUGGCUAAAGCAGCUGUCGAGGAACACCUGAGGUUAUGCGCAUCAGACAGCACCUUUGAGUCGAAUCGCGAAAGUCUUGCCGAAAUGAUAUCCGAGGGUCUGCGCCAAGCCCGGCUUAGGGGAAGAUCUGAGACCAGAGUAGAAAAAGACAUAAUCUGGCUGAUCGAUGGAGCUCACACUGUGGAGAGUCUGCGCGAAGUCGCGAAAUGGUAUGAGGGGAAAAUGGAAUCGCAAAAUGGGGCCUCACGAAUUUUGAUCUUCAACCAACAGGAGCGCGAU